UAGAUGCAGAGUGAGAAGUCGGCACGUAUAAAUCGUUUAAUUGUGAGCUACAUAACGACCUGGGGACUGCCUGUGUCUCAAUGACAGGUACUGUGUUGUAAAAUGGCUCGAAACAGCUUCACAUAGCACAUAUUUCCUGAUAUAAUAAAAAGGCUGAGUCCGAUUGAAUCACUCUGUAAAGAUGCCAGCUGGUGUGUCGUGGCCUCGGUACAUUCGGAUGUUUGGAGCCAGUGUUCUAGCCAUGUUUGCAGGAGCGCAGGUCGUCCACCAGUACUACCUUCCUGAUCUGAGUAUACCAGAAGUUCCACCAAAACCCGGAGAGCUUCAGACAGAACUACAUGGUUUUAAAGCUAGAGAAGAAGCGGCUGCAGCCUUACAGAAACUUAAGGAGGAGCAAAGUUUGGACUGAUGGGGAAAUACAUUUCCCUUUUAGGAAAUGUAAGAAUUGUUAACAUUGGUACAACUAAAUACUGCUAUGUGCUUUGGGACACAAUCUUUUCUGGUACCCCUACAAUAGAUAUGUUUUCAUUUCGCCUUAUGUCAUACACAGAGAGUUAAUAUUCGUAUUUAAAUAAACUUUAGUCAAAAAGAUCUGCAGAACAGAACGAACAGAACCAACACACCUCCGCUGUUCCACCACAGCAUUAUUACCUUUAUUCUGUUUGUAUUUCACUUUAGUUUAAUAACAGUUAUAAUAUCAGUUGCAAUAAUUCCUGGGCACUGGACUUUCCAGGAAUUAUUGUCAUGACCAUAAAUAUUUUGAUCACUUUUAGUCCAUGUCUAUGCUUUUUAAAUGUUGUUACUUAUUUUGGAGAAAUAAUAAAAAGAGUAAAACAACAUUGGAAUGUUUUAUGAACACAUUACUUGCUUAAAUGCUUAUAAGGACCACCAUUUCCAGCAAGAAUGUGACAUAUAUAUUAUAAACUAGAAUGUUGGCCAUGUGUUACGAUGAAACUGAAACCGAGGAAUGUAUUGUUUGGUUUUUGUGGGAAAACCUAAUCGUCUUAUUCCGCGUCUAAAAUGAAAAUAUGAAGAUGUUCUUCAUUGUAUGGUGUCAUUGUGAAUAAAAUGUUUAUUUUCGGGUCACAAAAUAAACAGAAGAACAUAUUUACUACA